GACGCAGGAGCGAACAGUAGCAGUGGGCGCGUCGACCUUCCCUGAUUAAUUUAAUGCCGGCGAACAAUCCAUAACUUGUAAUCAGGAGUCUUGGGAGAGGGAGGAGGAGGCAUAAAUACGAAGGCAGUAGAGAAAGGCUGUAAGGGUUAUUAGUUGUUAAGUAAAAAAUCCACGCCUGCAUCCCGGUGUCCGGUGGAGUGCGAGGAAACACGCUGGCUCCGGAGGAAUGGCGAAGCGAAAACACGUGAAUUAAACGGACAGCUUUGUGACAGCCAGUCACAGCCGCGGUCUUUCCUGUCAGAGGCGAAAUGAUUCCUCCGGGUAACGCGACUGAAGUCAGCCUUGAGAGGGUGGAGAAGGAGAACGACAUUCAGCCCCCCUCUCCUGCCUCUACUACCAGCCAAGAAUCAAAGCUCCAGAAAUUGAAACGAUCACUUUCUUUCAAGACCAAAAGUUUGAGGAGUAAAAGUGCAGACAACUUUUUUCAACAAACAAACUGUGGCACGAAGCUGCAAGUAGAUUUGCUAUCAGAAAUCACCUCUAGAUCAGGGCAGCUCCCUAAUUUGGAAAGUCAAAACUCUACUCCAACCAAUACCCAUCUCCAGCCAGAAGACAAGACUCACAUUUUUCAGGAACACAUCUUCAAAAAACCCACUUUCUGUGAUGUCUGCAACCAUAUGAUUGUUGGGACAAAUGCUAAACAUGGAUUGCGCUGUAAGGCAUGCAAACUGAGCAUUCACCACAAAUGUGCAGAGAGCACUGGACAGCAACGGUGCAUGGGCAAAUUGCCCAAAGGUUUCCGCCGUUACUACAGCAGUCCCCUUCUCAUUCAGGAGCAGUUUGGCUGCAUCAAAGAAGUCAUGCCAAUUGCCUGUGGCAAUAAAGUUGACCCUGUGUACGAAACACUUCGCUUUGGAACUUCUUUGGCCCAGAAAACCAAGAAAGGCAGUACUGGAAGUAGCGCGGACUCUCCCAAAAGGAAUUCUACAUCAGAUCUGGCAGAAGUUCCUGAAGAAAGAGGCAGCCUAGGAAAUAUGUUUGACAUAAAUAGGCAACGCAGCAAUAGUGGUGAGUUAUUUACAUAUUCAAUAAAUGGUAUGUUGGAUUUUGGAGAAGAACCAAAGAAAAUUAACUCUGCACUACAGGGAUCUCUUAAUAAAGAUACUGGUCAGAUGAAUACCUAUGUUGCCUUGUACAAAUUUGUACCACAGGAGCACGAAGAUUUGGAAAUGAGACCAGGAGAUAGAAUUACACUACUGGAGGAUUCAAAUGAAGAUUGGUGGAAGGGAAAAAUAGAAGAUAGAACUGGUUUUUUUCCUGCUAAUUUUGUUCAAAGAUUACAAGAUGAAAAAGUUUUCAAAUGUAUCAGAACAUUUAUUGGAUGCAAGGAACAAGGACAGAUAACUCUAAAAGAAAACCAAAUCUGCAUAACUUCAGAAAAGGAACACGACGGGUUUAUCAAAGUAUACAGUGGGAAGAAAAGGGGCUUUGUCCCAGUAGAUGUCUUAGAAAACAUCUGAAAUUUGCCCACUCAGCAACUGCAGUACAGUAGUGAAACUUUGCCAGCAAGAUCUGUCUGCUUCAUUUUGCACUGUGUCUACCCAAACAAGGUGUCUUAAAGAUGACUAGGGAAAUCAGGAGACAACUGCAAAGAUCAACUGUUAUCAUACAUUUAGUUGCUUUGAAGCAACAAACAGUGGUUGGUCAAUAACAAAGUGUAUUAUUAGAGAAUGAACUAAAUAAAGGUGGUAUGAGUCUUAGGGGAGGGGUGGGCUGCUUUUCUAAAAAGACAAGUAAAAAAUUAAACUGGAUCGUGGGUUUUGUUUUCCUUUUUUUUUUUCCCUGAGCAAAGCUACUAAUGGUUACCCUUUGGCAACAGGCAACUGACCUGUAAGGUUAAGUUUUAAUCUUGUUGAGAUGUCUUAAGAAAACUGGUAGGAACUUUUAGUCAAUGUUGUUUGAUAUGUGACUCAUUAGGAAGGGUUCAGACUUCCUGUGAACUACUGUGAUUUGAUGGUUGAAAUAUGUAAUAUGAGUCUAGUCUUUAAAAUAUUGUUCCCCAUUUUAGGGAAUCAGGAUAAUAUUUGGUUCUGACUUUUAAUUUUUUAUUAAAAAGCAGCUUAAGUAAAACAUGUAGACAUCAGUUUAGGAAAUAUGCUGCUACCCGGUUUAAGUUUUCUGCAGGUUUUUUUUUUUAGGUAGGUUAAAUUGGUGAGCUUGUAUAUCUACAACAGUUGCAAUUUACAGAUGUAAAUUCUGAUUAUGCAAGUGAUGCAUAACAUUUUCCACAGUGAUGCUCGUUAGACGUUGUUACCAAAAGAAGAACAUUGUUUGAAACAAGAAAUUUAGCUGCAAACAUAUUAAAUACAUUUUCAAUUUUUAAAUAUUAUGUGUGUGUACAUGGAUGUGAACAUGUUUGAGGGUACAUGCACACAAACACAACAUGGGCUUGUUUCUGUGAGUAGUCAGUUCCCUUCAGAAUGAAAAAAGCAUAUAUCAGCAGAUAUAUAUGGGCUGAAAGAAAAAUUAACCAGGACACAUUAAAAAAUGAACACAACAUUCAAACAGUAAAGUUUAACAAUUCACCUGAUAGCACAAACCAGCUGCAAUCCAAUAAAAAGUCAGAUGCACAUAUAUAAGCUUCUAUUAAUAGAAUUAACACUGCCUUGGGAUAAUAAUAGCGUCUGACAAAAGACAGAAUUUUGAUCAUUGUUUCACAUUCUGUUUUGACACCCAAUACAAGCAACAUCCUUUUGAUUCCAGUUGAAGUUUGGAGUCAGCUUUUCAUUUCUUUUUUAUGCAAGUGGAUAAGAGAUUGUCUUUGAGGCUGAACAAAACCUAUUUGCAUAGCACUUAAGGAGAAUCCAGUGUGAUGACUCUUAAGAAGGCCCCUUUUUAAUCUAUGAUUCGCUUGUUUGAUUUUACAAUAUACUAGAAUCUUUUGAGAUAUGCGCUAACCAUGAACUGGGAUACACUUUCAUACUUGUGUGAGAGAUAAGAAUGAGCAGUGUCCUGUUUUUAUUAAUGCUAACUUGAGAUCCUUAUGACCCAAAAGAAAAUCACCGCUUGGUUUGUGUUUCAAUAUCUGUCUGGAUCUUGAUGUGUAUUUGCUACCACAGUAAAUGCCUUCGGGGACAUGAAAUGGUUUUAUCAUUUACUCAUUUGAAAGGCCCAUUUUCCAGAAUUGUGGAAUGGUAUUACAUAGCACUGAUAGCCAUUCCAUUUCCUUAUACUUGUUCAUUUAAAUAAAGCCACUCCAAAGGCAAAAUUGUAAUAAAUGAUCCCUAUAAUGCUAGAAAUAUUUAUUAUAUAGCGUUCAUUUGAAAGCAUUUUAUUUUUUGAAAAGAGAAGCCGGUCAGUUUACUAGUUAAAUAAACAUUUGCCUAUGACAAAGUAGCAGUACAGAAGAGAUACUAUUUACCUGACCUGCUUUAUAUCAUUUUUUGGUUUCAAACCACUGACCAGAAUUAGGGGGUUCCUCAAAUAAUGAUCUUGUAUUUUAGUAUGCAAAGACUAGAUAAUGUUAUACAAUUGUUUGUACAUGCUAUUGUUUACUUCAAUGCAAUAUACUGUGAUUUUGCCCUAUUUUAACUGCUUCUCUUAGUUCAAUUUUUCUUUCAUUCCUACAUCAUAGGAUAAAUAUUAAUAUUACUUUCAAUUCAUAAUGGCCUUUAAUCAUUGUCUCAUUUCUUUUGAUACUAAGCAAUAAAACAGUAAAGUAAUUUUUAAAA